AUGCCCUACUUCGACAGGGCCGAACGGCUUAUCCUCCGCCUAGGUUACCUUGGUCUCGUGCUGCCACCGUCCGGCGUGUUCACGAAGCUCAACAUGCUGGACCUGGCCUACGUCCAGUUCCCAGGCGCCUGCGACAUCGGCGACGCCUUCUCGUCUGCUCGUUGCCCUUCGUUGCGACAACUUCGUCUCGUCGACACUCAUGGGGUGUCCAACCUCGCUAUCUGCUCAGAGUCUCUCCUAAGGCAACCAGUGGUUGACAUCGUUGCUCCUGUUAUGGAAAUGAUCAAGUGGAUUGAUAGAUAUGAUCCCAUCUCGGUCCAGCUUGGUCAGAUGGCACAUCUACAGAGACUGGCAACCUUAUGCUUUGAAUUGCCUGAUCAUCAGUACAAUUGGGGUAGUUUGAUGUUAUCGCAGUGCUUUCAGAAGAUCCCUGAUCUUUACAUUUCGAUCUGUGAUCCACGUAAGAUGGUUAACUACCAUUACUUGAUGGAAGCUCUAACCUUGCCCCCAGUUGAGGACUUAUGGCUGCGCUUAGUAACAAUUGGACAUGCUGUUGUCUCUUGCAUAUUCCAUUUCCUAAAGAUUUUUACCAGUAUAAGAAGGCUGUUUCUGCAGAUACAUGAAAACAUUCCGAUUGUUGAGAAGUUAUCCUAUCUUAUGUCUAUGGUCCUCAUCAGGAACAAUCUGCUUGUUCGCCGGGUUGUGUUUGUCAUCAGCCGCAAGACUGAGGAGCUCUGCUUGAAUUCUCUCGAGGAAUUGGAUAUUUGUGGAUUCAGCGUUGCAGAUUGUGAUUUUGCAUUUGUGAAACGACUAUUGGGAUGGACACCAGUGCUCAAAACAGUUACUAUAAAUUUUGAUCCUUCGGCAACUCUCGAUGAGGAUCUCUGUAAGGAGCUACUUGCCCUCUCUGGACCAGAUACUUGCAUGAAGAUUUACCUUUACUGCGAUGGGACAAAGGUGAUGUACACACCGGAAUUAGCAUUAGCUUCUGUUUUGAGAGCUAGGUACACGGGCUUGUCUGUUUGUGUUGCACUGAAGAGUUGUGCUAUUAAAGUUAUCAGACAUUCGUGA